CGUUUUUGCGGCUUCCGUGUGCGCCCGUCGCUUACCUGCCCGCGACGACGCUGCCCGCCUUUGCCGCGCCAGCCGCCGGCUUGCUGCAGCCGCAGCGCGCGGUGCCCGACCACCGGCACCUCGCGACGGGUCGGCGCACUCGUGUGGCUCAACGCGGACCUACGGAGCGACUCCGCCGCGCGGCUUGGCGCUGCCCAUGGCAGCAACAGGCCCGCAUGCAAGUUGGACGACAGAUUUGGGAGCUACGCUGCCGACAAGGAACUGCGCUUCAAGGCCAAAUGGUCUGCGCGCGGCUACACGUUCGUUUAG